AUGACUGCUGUCAGGUUGCUGUCAGUCAUUUCAUGGAAAUUACUACUGAAUAACUCCAGGUCUAUCAUUUUCCUUCCAGAUGUAAUUCUGGUAUACUGCUAUCCUAAAACCAUCAUUACCAGAAUUCCAGAGUGUCCCUAUGGAUGGGAGGUUAAUCAGCUGGCACUUGGAGGCAUUUGCUACAAUGGGAUCCACGAUUCAGGAUAUUACCAAUUCACAAUCCCAGACCUGUCACCUAAAAACAAAUCCUACUGUGGCACACAGUCAGAGUUCAAGAAUCCCGUGUAUCACUUCUAUAACUCCAUCGUCUCCAAUGACUCCUCAGUGAUUGUGAAGAGCCAGCCUGUGAAUUAUUCAUUCACCUGCACAUACAAUGCCAACUACCUGGUGAACCAGGCUGCCUUUGACCAAAGGGUGGCCACUGUCCAUGUGAAGAACGGGAGCUCCGGCUCAUUUGAAAGCCAACUGUCCCUCAACUUCUACUCUAAUGCCAAGUUCUCAAGUAUAAAGGAAGCCCCCUUUGUGGUUGAAACAUCAGAAAUUGGUUCUGACAUAUUUGCUGGAGUGGAAGCCAAGGGCUUAAGUGACAGGUUUAAAGUUGUUCUCAACAACUGCUGGGCAACUCCCUCCUCAGAGUAUUUCUACCAGAUCCACUGGCCUUUGAUCACCAAGGGGUGUGCCACGGACUACUCCAUCCUAGUGCACGAGAACGGGAAAACGAACCGGGCCACGUUCCAGUUCAACGCCUUCCGCUUCCGCAACAUCCCCAAGCUGUCCAAGGUCUGGCUGCACUGCGAGACGCACGUCUGCGACAGCGAGAAGUUCUCCUGCCCCGUGACAUGCGACAAGCGCAAGCAGCGCGCGGAACAAACCGGAGGUGUUCUGGUGGCGGAGAUCACCGUGCGCAGUAAGUGCCUGGGCUCCUGGGGUGCUUCUCCCUUUGGGAAGCAAUGAAGCUGGCAGAUAGGAGCAAGAGGAGAGAGCCACAGCCCUCUGCCAGACCCCUUUCUCCCAGGGCAGCAGGAGUCUUGAACAGGAGUUGGUCCCUUCCAGCUCUGGCAGAAGAGCUCAGUGACAUUCUCUUCUCUUGCCAAGUGAGUCAAGGCACCCCUUUGGCAUUUAUGAUAAAUGGCCAAGCCACUGACACACCAAGCUGGCAGUGAAAGCUCUGCUCACCUGCCUGUGACCUCAGCAGCAGCUCAGACACGCUCUGAUGGGUUGCACAUGACUGGGAGAGAGGUCAGGAGCAGCAGGAAAGUUUUUCUUUACACUGUGGGUCUGUACUUCAGCAUAUCCAUGACACUGUCAUGUGUUGCAGGGAUGAUUUGUGUCUAUCCCUCCUGACACACUGAUGGCACUGCCAUCGGCCUCCCCACUGCAGAGCGACUGCUCCCUCCAACUGCUGCCUCCUGCAGGCACCAGGGAUUUCUCUCUGAGCUGGUUCAUCUUUUGAAACAAGUCCUUGGAACAAACUAUGUUUUCACUAGAGCCCUUUAUACUUGUUUAUCAAGUGUAUCUGCACCAAUCUGAAAGCCACUUUAAAAUUACAAAUACAGAUACGGUAGAAUUAUUACAAUCCAUUAUGUUGCACCAGUAAACCCCUAUCGAUGUUAGAAGGUAAAAGAACUGAGGAUCCAUUUACAAUUUCAAACAGUAAAUUCAAGAGGAAGAAAUAUUCAGAAUUUCAAACUGUGACAAAUGUUUCCUGUUCUGCUUUCACAAAGCACACUGGUGCACUUUGCCCUAUUUUAAACAUCAUCCUGAUGUAAUCUUUUUCCUCCUCUCUUAUACAGGCAAAGGUUUAUCCAGAUUUUACACAUUCUCAGGUAAACAGCAAAGGAUGACAAUGAAAGUAUCAAUCCCAAAUACAGAUUUUGAGUGUCUUUGUCAACAUAAAAUCCAUAUCUCAAAGAAAAAACCUGAAAUAUCAGUAAAUUUGACAGAAGAUUGAACAUUUCAAAAUCAGAUUUUAUUUCCCAGUGUUAUAUACUUUGUUUUCCUUCUUUUGGUCUGUUCCUCACACCAGACAAUAAAAUCAUAGCAAUUACUUCCAAUACCGAACAAUAUUCUUUCUCUAGUUGUCACACCCUCUUCCCAAAAAGGAACAAUCAUGUUUUACUAGGUUAACUGGAGUGUCUGGAAGCAUUUCUGAUUGGCAAGACUUUGAAACACACCUUUAAAAGUCUACUUGUUAACAUUUGAUAUGUUGACAGAGCCACAUUAGGCCACGCAGUUUUAUUGAAUGGGGUGGGAGGAAAAGGUGAAAGGGAGCUGACAGGGAAGUAGUCACAUAUAGCCUGUGUUUCUCUUGCAGAUGUCAUCUUCCACCUACUUUUCGUGAUUGGAUUUUCUGCUGUUUUAUUAUAAAAUGCAGCCCAGCUGUACUUCGUAAAUUUCCCCGAUCCUGUUUGGACCUGGACUAAAGAUGUUUAUUUUACAGAGGACAAAGGAAAGCCACUAAAAAUCCUUUUACCAUUUUACCAGAUAAAUAAAAUAUUCAAUGUGCUUUGUGUCUCAAAUUCUGGAAAAUCCCAAAGCAGAUUUGCUUCUCCCAAGUCUCUGGUGGCAUUUUGAACUAGUGAAAACCCUUGGGUUAUGUAUUCUGCCAAUACCUCCUUUUAAAAAGCUGUGAUGGCAAUAGGACCCGUUUCUGAACAGAAUAUAGAGAUGUGCAAACUCAGCAUUUUCCAAUACCAAAUUUACCUUCAGGGUCCCCCUACCCUGCCAGUCUCAGUGUGGUACCAAACCCCCCUCCAGGCCUGGUCUUGCAAAGUCCCAGUUUGUUCUGUGAAGUCUUGGAACAAAACAAAACCCAACCUAACAGGUCAAGGAUGGGAGGAAAGGGUGCUUUUCAUGUAGCAGUAAUUAGAAGGUGCUCAGAGUUAAUUACCUGACAUUUCUUUCCUGAUUCUCAGCGUUGUCAGUAUUGAUUGGUUGGAUUAAGUAGAGCACGCUGUAGGAGUAGGAUGUCUUGCUGACUGGACAGGCUCAGUGCUGGAUGGCUAUGUGGUGUGGGAGCAUUUGAGCACAUCUGAGGUUGGAAAACAAGCUAAUGAGCUUUGCACUUCCUUGAAGACAUAGCCAGUGGCAGGCACAGCAGGGUCCAGCUGUUAGGUCUGUACCUGAGUAACAACAGCAAGACAAAAGCACUGGAAAUGGAAAUCAUGAUUUAUAAAAAGCAGGAAAUGUCAGGACAUGAAACAAUUUCCCAACAAGCAUAACAGUUGGUCCCUUACUUCCAUUAGUUACUUGAACAAUAUUGAAAAAAAACCCUGAAAUUGUCAGAAACAUCCUUAGAACUUUUCCAUGAAACUUCCAGGAUCUUAAAUGUGAAAGAGGGAAGAAUGACUGUAGUUGUUACACUUCUAAUUAAUGAACACGGUGUGGGUACCUGUGUUUGCACAUACUGAAGCAAAAGCGCAUUACAGAUUUUUUACUAUUGUUUGUAGAGAGAGAGAGCCUCCAAAUAACCCUGUGAAGGAUUUUCAGCUCCCUGAUAAAGCUCAUUUUCGGUAAAAGAUAAAGCAGAGCUAGAACACGC